AUGUCGGCACAACAUCAAACUUACUCUCUAGGUGACUUCAAGCUGAAGAGUGGCGGCAGUAUUCCAGAUGCCCAUAUAGCAUAUAAGACGUUCGGCGACCCAAAGAAUUCUGCGAUCAUAUACCCAUCAUGGUAUUCCGGUGCAAUCGAAGAUAAUGAAUGGUUGAUCGGCGAAGACAAAUGUCUGUCUCCCAGCAAAUACUUCAUCAUCAUUACAGCGCUCUUCGGCAAUGGUCAAUCAUCAUCACCGAGCAACAAACCUGACCUCAAGCCUUUUCCUGAUGUGCUGUUCUACGACAAUGUCAAAGCACAGCAUGAGCUCGUCACAAAGAAGCUUGGCAUCAAGCAUGCCCAUGCUGUCCUAGGCUGGAGCAUGGGUGCUGGCCAGACUUAUCAGUGGGCUACGCAGUACCCGGACUUUAUGGACUAUGUCGUGCCAUUCUGCGGAUCUGCGAAGACCUCACUGCACAAUCAAGUGUUCCUGGAAGGCGUGAAGGUGGCGGUCCUCGGCGGGAAGCGGGCUUCUUCUGCAGGCGUUUUCAAGGGCGAAGACUUCAGAGGAGAGUACCGCACUUGGACCGACGAAGAGCGUACUGUUGGCAUGAAAGCACUUGGUCGCGUAUAUGCCGGAUGGGGUUUCAGUCAGGCCUUCUAUCGCGAGAAACUACACGAGUCAGCUUUAGGCUUCAAGGAUCUGGAGGACUUUAUGAAGAAUUUCUGGGAGGCUUGGGCUUUGUCCAAAGAUCCCGAGAACAUGCUCGUGAUGCUGCAUACCUGGCAAGCGGGAGACUGUUCCGCGCAGGAACCGUACAACGGGGACUUUGAUGCCGCCAUGAAGGGCAUCAAAGCGAAGGCAUUGGUGCUUCCAGCUCAGACUGAUCUGUACUUUCCACCGGAAGAUUCGGAAAUUGAGGUUCAGCACAUGAGACCCGGGGUGGGAGUCUGCAUUGCAUUCCCUUCCAUAUGGGGCCACUGGGCUGGCGGUCCCGGCGACUCAAAGGCAGAUGUCGCCUGGCUGGACUCGAAGCUGCGAUGGUUCAUCGACCGUCCAGGCUGGAGUGGCGAGCCGAAUGGCAACGUGCUAGCUUGCGGUGCGAUUGAUGGGGUGGACGAAUGA